AUGAAGACUGUAAUACGUGGAGUGAUUCUGAAAGAUUACUUGACGUUCAAAACUUUGGCGUCUAAGACGUUUGGCGUUGCGUUGGCUCUCGGCAGCGGAAUUCCGAUUCGGUUUGCAUCACAUUUUGAUCCAGCCUUUAAAAAUGAAACAAGAAGGGCCGAAUGUCUGGCAGCAGCAUGUGCCGUCGGCGUAGCGUGUACAUUUAGUGCACCUGUUGGAGGCGUGCUCUUUUCCAUAGAAGUUACAACGAUGUACUUUUCCGUACGAAGUUAUUGGAGAGGUUUCUUCGCAGCUUGUUGUGGCGCAGUCACGAUUCGACUCUUGAGAGGAUUUGUUGUUCAAACAGAAGUUACCGUCAAUGCCUUCUUUCAAACCAGCUUUGCUCCUGAUGCUUUCGUUGUCAAAGAAAUUCCGCUUUUUGUGGUGCUUGGAGUUAUUUGUGGAGCUUUGGGAGCUCUGUAUAUUUCGUUUUAUAGAACAGUUGUGCUAUUUCUCAGGAACAAUGAGCGUGCUAAAGCGCUGUUUCAGCGGCAGUGCUUUCAGUUGGAUCGUCUACCCAAUAUUCGUACCUCUUGUAUACAGCAUCAUUUCUUUUCCGCAUGGUCUCGGACAAUUUUCUUCAGGAAGGGUGAGUAUGAAAAAGAGGGGAAUCCUGAGCUCAAAUUCGGAAUGAACCUGAAGGACUUCUUCACCAAUUGCACUUUUUCUGAGGAUCCGCCUUCAUUUCUUGCUUGCAACAGAGAGAAUUUUGAUCACUGGAUGGACAACCGGGAGAGCGUUAUAGCUUUGCUAGUUAUUUUCAUCAUAGUGCACUUCGUCUUCUCAAUAGUAUGUAUGACGCUGCCAGUUCCUUCCGGAGUGUUCAUGCCGAUAUUUGUCUUGGGUGCCGCGAUUGGAAGGCUGAUGGGGGAGAUCGUAGCAAUUGCUCUACCAUCAGGUGUUAUCGAGGGACUCAACAUUUACCCAGGUGUUUACGCAGUAGUAGGUGCUGCGAGCUUUUCUGCUUCCGUCACUCACACUGUUUCUGUGUCGGUUAUGAUUUUUGAAAUUACGGGACAAUUACACUAUAUUCUGCCUGUGAUGUUGGAGGAGAAUAUUAACCGAUUAAAUAAUAAUGUACACAUUCAGAUAUCAGUUCUACUGUCCAACGCUGUAUGUGCCUAUAUGCAGCCUUCGUUUUUCGACACGAUUAUAAAAAUUAAACAUCUACCAUUUCUUCCAGAUAUACCUCCUUCAAAUAAUUUGUGA